UUGGUGAACCACAUGUUUCUCGUUUCUCUUCAUUUUUCAUUUCGUUCCUUUUUUUUUUCAUUUCCUUUUCACUUGUUUCUUUUUUGUCAAUCCCGAAUCAUUCUAAUCUCGUACACGAAAAAUUCUCGGGGGUGUGAAGAAGUUUAUUAUUUCUUUCCUCGUUCGUGCCCGUUCCUGGUUACAUUUCACGACACUGGCUGCUACUGCUACUGUUGUUGUUGUUGUCGCCGCUGCUGUUUGCUGUCACGAUGCCCGUGGGAAACCGAGAGCGUAAGAAGACAUUCCCGUGGUACCACGCGACGAAACGUGAUCACGAACAGGCAGGACACGGAACACGCACUUUCCAACGGAGAUUCACCAUCGGAGAUUGUUUCUGUCGUGUCAGAGAGGAGCGCGGCACCGAGACACACGUGAAAUCGCACGGUUGACAGUUGCCGUGGCGCGAGACGUCAGUGGAUCGUGAACCGUUUCACCGAGUGACCACGUUCGACGUUGAUCGACCUUGUGCCGUUUAACUUUUGGCAAACCUAUUCGACGCUUUCGUCCGCGUGCAGUGCAGUUUCACCGACGCGAUUGUCGCUGUCAUCCCCGCGAAUCGAAGUGUCAACGGAGAGAGAGAAUAUCUCGAAUCAAGCGCGCGAAUUAUCUCGAACGAGCUUUUGGCACGAGCCAGGAAAAAUUCGGCGUACACGCGCACCGGUGCACGAAGACACGUGACAAGUGAAAAGUGGCGAACGUCGCGCGACAGUGCACGAAUCAAUCGUUCCAUUUACUCGUCGCGUUUUGAGAAAGAAAAGAAAUUGUAUCGGUUGGAAAAGCGUAUCGCCGUGGAACGCGGAGGAAAGUAAACAAAAGUUAAACGCACUCGCGAAAGCAACGUCGGUCGAUCGUGUCACCGAUUAAAGCGUCGUUGACGUAAAGGAAGAUUCCCGUCGAUUUUCGUGCACGCGGCCUGUCAAAUUGAGCCGCGGAAAAAUGUGAGAUCAUCGAGGAGCUAUGCGCACCGUGAGACACGCGCUCGUCCUGAGAACAACCGGAGACAAACGUGUCAGCUGUAACGGUUCCCGAAUUGUUAAACUUCCUAACCCACGGGUUACCUAACCUAUCCUCGGCGGCGCGUUCUGCUUCCUGUCAAGCGCGUGACAAGUGAAUCGUUGAGGAUCAGACGAGCGUCGUGCAGGGAAAAAACGGUCGAUCUAACGACGAGAAAAAGUACGAAAGGAAAAAGUCGGUUCGAGCGGCGAUGUUGAUUCGGUGUCGGAUCGAAAGGUGAGGCGAAGAGUGCGUGUUCCGUGAGCCGUCACGACGGGACGAAAAUAUCACAUGUGCGUCGAGAGAGUAAGCCGAGAUUUUUGGAGGACGACGAGAGUCAAGUGGGCGGUCGUCGAGGAGGAUUUUUCGCAGGGUUGCGGGGUGCAGUUCAGACAUGGGAAGUGAGCAUUACUGCCUGAGGUGGAACAAUCAUCAGAGCAACUUGCUGGGUGUGUUCAGUCAAUUGCUGGAGUCGGAGUCGCUGGUGGACGUGACACUGGCGUGCACGGAGGGACCUUCGAUACGUGCCCACAAGGUAGUCCUCUCCGCGUGUUCCAGCUACUUCCAGGCCCUGUUCCUCGACCACCCGAACCGCCACCCCAUAGUCAUCCUAAAGGACGUACGUUUCGCCGAGCUACGUACCCUCGUCGACUUCAUGUACAAAGGCGAAGUAAACGUCGAGUACUGCCAGCUAUCGGCCCUCCUCAAGACAGCGGAGAGCCUGAAGGUGAAGGGUCUAGCGGAUAUGACAAACAUCAACGCGGCGGUAGCGUCGAGAGACGACCAACAACAACAGCACCAACAACAACAACAGCAGCAGCAGCAACAGCAACAGCAACAGCAGCAACAGCAACAACAACAACAACAACAGCAACACACGAGCACAUCCGAGGGUAUACAGCGCGAGACGUCGCGAGAACAUCAUCGGGAACGCGAAAGUAUAAAGGAAUCGAGCAAUAAAGAAAGAGACAGGGAAGGAAACACGUCCGGUGGCACGGGGGUGCCAUCAGCUGGGGUCAAAGAAUGCGAACAAAGCCAACAAAACGUUACCCAACCACCCACCAGCGAGUCCACCGAGGCGGUAGACAUGACGGACUGUCCACCAUCGCCUACAGGACCCGGUAGCCCUUGUCCAGGACCUUUAGCCCUUGAUCGACCUAGGAGGGACUCCGAAGAUGUCGCCAGUCUAGAAGAAACGAGGGGUACCCUUAGUCCGAUCUCGGUGCACAGUGGACCCUCGGAUAUGAGUCUGAGUAAUAAUACUGGUGGCACCACUGGCGUACUUCCGUUGAAUCUACCACAGAGCCGACUUCCGUCCCCGCACAGUACAGAACCUCUCGCGGGCCCGUCGGGGUUACCUCCGGUUCAGCAAGUUCCACUUUCGUUAAAAAAAGAGAUAGACUGGGAAAGAUCGACCGAGGAGCGAAGCUCGAGCAGCGAAAUAUCCAAGGACUACAGACUCCCACCAGAACCGGUGUCCCUGGCCCUCGGUUUGGAGGCAGGUGGUUGGGGCGCGUUGGUGGAGCGUUCUGGUGGCGGCAGCGGCGGAAGCGGUUCCCUGUUAGGUCACGGUGGUUUCGCUGGAUUGGCAGGACUGGCACGUCGUUGCGGUGUCUGUCUGGCUGCAUUUCCUUCCGCCUGGUUGCUGGAACGGCACGCGUUGCUCCAGCAUGCCGGCCAAGCGAGCGACGACAAACCGUUCACCUGCGAGCAGUGCGGGCAACGUUACCGAUACCGGUCCGCGUACGUGAAGCACCGUGAGCAGAACCACCGAGCCAGAUUACCGGCCGACAAGCUGUUCACCUGCGAUGUAUGCGGCAUGCAGUUCAGGUAUCUCAAGUCGUUCAAGAAGCAUAGGUUGAACCACGCUCUGGAGCGACUGCAGCGUGCUCCGGAGCCGCAAAGCAGUGCGAUGGUGGUGUCCGCGGCGGCAGAGCGUAGCGAUCAGGUUUCCAGUACCGGGGAACCCUCCCAGGUGGAGACCGGAAGCGACACGACGACCAAUCCUGGCGAGGAGGAGACCAGAGGCCCGUUCGCAGAGAAUGCCCGCGAGGAGAGCGUGUCGGAGACCGCCAGCGUGCACGACAACCCCGGGGAGGCUGUGGAGGUGCAGAUGACCGAGGCGCCACCUGGAAAUGGCGGCUCCGCCGGAGGUGGCAGCACCAGCGAGGUUGGAGAUGUGGACGACAACGCGGUAGACGAUGACAGGUCCGAAGCCACCGACGCGGUGAUCAGCUUAGCCCGCAGCAGCCACGAAGUGGACAGGCGCGAGCGCCGCUUCGCCUGCCCGUUUUGCGGUAAGUGCGUCAGGUCCAAGGAGAACCUGAAGCUCCACGUGCGCAAACACACCGGCGAACGACCGUUCGUCUGCCUAUUCUGCGGACGUGCGUUCGGUGGAAAAAGCGAUCUGACCAGGCAUCUCCGCAUCCACACCGGCGAGAGACCGUACCACUGCGAGAUGUGCGGCAAAUGCUUCGCCAGGGCCGACUAUCUGUCCAAACACCUCACCACGCAUAUACACCAACGCUAAGUAAUGCGGCUCCGAAAUGACGUUCUUCGAUCUUGACGCUUGCUGGCGCGUCCUAACGCGAUGCUCGAUUUGGAGUUUAGCUCGAGAGAUACGAUGCGGUCGUAAGUUAGGGUCGAGUACUGGCGUCGGGGCAACUGGCUCCAGAAGCCCAGGGCAUUCAAUCGUGGAGAUUAUGUGUUGUAGCGAAUUUAACGAAAGGGUCAAGUCCUUGCCCCCACGCCCGAUACUCUACCGCCGCAUUGACAAAUGAAGAAGAGUUAGUAAUUACAGAAGAGGCUGUUCCUAAUUGUUCCUGCGUGAACAAUUUCACGAAACAAGUUGGCUCCUUGAAGCAUCCUGCCGAUGACGAUUCUUCGAGUUAGCUGUAUGGAGACACAAGUUUUGCAAUGUUGACACUUUUAGUUAUUAUAGGAAGACACGGUGAGAUUCGGCUGGCAUGCUUCAAGGGGUCGAUGAUGAAUUAUUUGCAUACAACGACGUAGUUAUGUAUGAACCUCCUCAUGCGUUCGCUGCUAAGCGAGUGUGUUACGCUCGAUGGAGCACUCUUCUGUAAAAUGAAUACAAAGUAGACGAGCAUCGCGUGAUUUUGAUUAAGUCGCCAAGCGAGGUCAUUCUAAAGGACGCGCAAGCAAGUGGAAGAACGUCAGUGUGUGGAAAGGUAAACUUCGAAGACGCAGGCUUGUUCCUUCAAAUAUUGUUGCUACAAUAAAUUUUCUCUAAAGCUUUCAAAAAACCUUGACGAACACUUGAUUGACUCGAAUUAAUUCGACUAGGGAAUAUCCGGCAUCUUCGAACGCAUCUUUCAAAGUUUAAAUUUCCCGCUAGUUCCUCCUCGCGAUUAACGCGCUUUCGCGAUAGAGAAGCGUAGGAGAAAAAGAUAAGAUUAAAUUAGAAGAGGAGGAACGUUCGAAAGAGAAGCUGGAAAGAGGAGAACCGCGUAUCCAUCCAGCCAUUGGCCCACCAAGACGAGUCAAUUACGGAAAAUAAAGGGAAACGAAGUAAUCGUCGACAACGACGAUCUGGCCGGCCUCGGAACGCCGAGAAUCUCUCUCUGGCGUUUCCACGAAAACACUCCCGACACACUCGUAAACUGAAGAACGAAGAAAAGUAGAAGAAGGAGAUAAGAGUUGCUGAAGAAAGAAGAUUUCUACAUAACGUUAGUGAGACUAAGUUGUGAUAAGGACUCGAAACCAAAGAACGCAACGGCGCGAUGGACGAAAGUCGCCGGUGACGGCUCCAUUUUGUUGUCUUCUUCGUCUUUGUGCACCGUUGGCGAACGGUGCACUCGUUACGUAAUAGCUGUCAGUGUACUCGAUGCGAUUUUUAUAUAGUGCACGCAAUAACGAUCAGUUUUCUAUAUGCCAUGCAGUCUCGUGCUCGUCGUGUGAGUCGCCUUGGGUAGAAGGUCUUUCGCGAAUGCAACGAUUUCACGAUAAAUUCUUUGAAAUAUACAAAAAAUCCUUUGACCGUUUGAAAUAGCUGACUUUAUACAUGUAGACUGGUGGUCCACAUUCAAUAUGAUGUCGAUUUGUAAAAGCUGCUUUAAUUAACACCUUGACUGCCACGGAAAAUAAUUUAUCUAGAUGAUAAAUUCAGAAAGAAGUUCUGAGUACCACUGAUAUUACAUUAGCUAUUCAAAAUAAUAAACCGAAGUAUUACUAUGUUUAUCGUGUGCCAAAUUAGGCAUAGAUAUGUUCGCUGUGACAGUUUUCGUGUUAAUUAAGAAGUGGUUAAAUAGUAAAUUGUAAAAGUGUUAUGUGAUCGAGUAACUGCCAUUGAAAUAUUUUGCAUUAACUUAUGCAGUUAUGUUAUUUAGUAUUCGAGUAUUUACUUCAGCGUCAGCGAAAUAUACAAGCGAAGAGGAUAACAGUCCAAGGCACCAUUUUAUGAGAGCGUCAGAAUAAUGAAACAUUAGUAUUUCAGUAUUUAAAUGCAAAGUUGUGUGCGUGGUUGCCAUAUGCAUUAAAAAUAAAACUUCUGUAGGUGAGUACAAAGUAAAUAGAUAUUUUAAAGCAGUGGUUAUCAACUAAUGACACAUAUUAUAAACGACAACUGAAUAAUAUGUGGAUAAUAUAUAUGCCAUUCAUGACAUAACAGUUCUAUUGACCAAAAAUAGCUUUAUUUUCAGUACUGAUGUAUGUGUUUGUCUGAAUUUUGAGUAACUAUACCAGUUACUAUGUGAAUUGAUUAUAUUAGAA